GCCACGCCUCAACAUUCCACCCCCUUAUUUGUCUUUACAUUCUUAUAAAUCUCUCUCUAAUUUUCUCCAUUUUUGGCGCUCAUACUUUACCGACCCACCCAACUACCAAAACUCCCAUAUCAAUGGCAGACACACCAACACCAUCACCAUCACCAACGGUCGAGAUCAACGGCCUAGCAUUCACGUACCCAGGAAUCGACGGUCACCCACCACCGGGGUCCACCCCUCUAAUUAAAGACUUCAACCUUUCCCUCUUCGCCGGUGAUCGAUCCCUUCUUGUGGGCGCCAAUGGCGCAGGGAAAACGACGAUACUGAAGAUAUUAGGUGGGAAACAUAUGGUUGAGCCUCACAUGGUUCGGGUUCUCGGGCGAUCCGCUUUUCAUGAUACCAAUUUAACUUCUUCGGGUGAUUUGUGUUAUCUUGGUGGAGAGUGGAAGCGAGAUGUUGCUUUUGCUGGAUUUGAGGUUUCUAUACAGAUGGAUAUUUCUGCUGAGAAAAUGAUAUUUGGAGUAGGCGGUGUAGAUCCUGCAAGAAGGGCUGAACUAAUCAAGGUGUUGGACAUCGAUCUAUCUUGGAGGAUGCACAAUGUAUCCGAUGGCCAGAGAAGAAGAGUGCAAAUCUGUAUGGGCCUCCUGAAGCCAUUCAAGGUUCUUCUGCUUGAUGAGAUCACUGUUGACCUUGAUGUCUUGGCAAGAGCUGACCUUCUCAAGUUUCUGAAGAAGGAAUGUGAAGAGAGGGGUGCUACAAUCAUCUACGCAACACAUAUAUUCGAUGGGCUCGAGAACUGGCCAACACAUAUUGUUUACGUAGCUCAGGGCACGCUACAAUUAGCAACGCCCAUGGACAAACUUAAGGAUAUAUCAAAUAUGUCACUAAUGAGAACGGUGGAGAGUUGGCUGAGGAAAGCACGAGAUGAGGAGAGAGAAAGAAGGAAAGAAAGAAAAGCAAAGGGGCUCCCAGAAUUCGAGAAACAAGUUGAGGGAAGCAGAGUCGUCGGUGAUCCUGCUCAUGCUGCUAUUCGUGUAAUUAACAAUGGAUGGGCUGCUGGUAGACUGCAUUCCACUCUUGCUGGUGAAGAGAACUUCACCUUCAGCUCUAACAGAGUCCUAAGACAAUAGCUCUACUCAUUCAAUGUAUCAAAUUUAGUGGAUUUGAUGGUGUUCUAUGACUGUUUCAACAAGCUAUCUACAAGCAGGCUGCCAUUUUUUCGGGCUGUUUACACAUUACACAUAUAGCAUUCAGGGAGACUUAUUCUUCUUAUUAUCAUUAUUUUCUGUUGUACGCAUAAAUUUGCAUAUCUUUUUGGGAGAAUUCCUUUUGUAGAAUGGAAAGAAAUUUCAAGUUAGUCCAAUUUACCACUUCUAUUGUUUGA